AUCCCUAUGGUGGAGUAUGGACAUUCUGGUGGGCAAAGAGGCAGCUCCAGGCUCUGUACGGGCGAUGGCUGCCAACUCGAGCCAAGAAGGGGACUCACAGGUCGGUUUGUCUCCGCAACCGCUGCUGGUGGUGCUGGUGGUGCUGAUGUGUGUGGGCGCUGUGACAGGUAACCUCCUUGUCAUUGUCCUUGUGGCCGCUACCAAGACUCUCCACUGUGUGACAUCAGUGCUGAUCAUGAACUUGGCCGUCACUGAUCUGCUUGUGGGCCUCGGCACCUUGCCUUUUUUGGCUUUGUCCGUCGUGAAGCCUGGGUGGGCUGACUGUCUUAACCUGUGUCUGUUUGUGGGCUACACCUCCUCUGUCUACUGCACAGCUUCUGUUCUAACACUGGCUGCCAUCGCUCUGGACCGCUACCGCUCCAUCAUGGACUGCCUGCGCUACAGCUCUCGCUGCACCCUGUGGAGGACCUGCACCGUGGUCCUGUGGAUCUGGCUGCAGGCCCUAAUUACUUGUUGCCCCCCUUUGCUGGGCUGGAGCUCUGUGGCCUAUAUGGCUCCCAUGUACAGCUGUGCAGUGGACUGGGCCAGCAGUCCCAGCUAUACGACCACCAUGACGGGCCUGUCCUAUCUGCUGCCUGCUGCCGUUAUCCUCUUUUGCUAUGUGAAUAUCGUCAAGGUGGCCCGCAGUCACGCCAGGAGGAUUCACAGCUUGGAGGACUCGGUCCAACGCAGCAGGGAUCCAAACACCCUAUUCACUCCAUCUCAGCACAGUCCCUCCAGACUCAUCCAUCAUGUCAGUGGACAGUUUCUGACUGAGAUCAUGUCUCCUCAUUCCACUUCCUGCCGGGGUGUCUUCUCCUUCCUGGCCCACAGUUCCUCCCAACCCUCCCUGCAGGACUCCCAUCAACACCGUCAAGGAGUUGCUCGUCUCUUUCUGGUCAUCUUAGCCUUCUUCCUGUGCUGGACCCCCUAUAUUGGUGUUGCUCUCAUUCAGGCUACAGAAACUGCCAUUUCUGGUCAGACCAACCUGGUGCCCCCCUCUGCUGUAACCAUCUCCUACUUUCUAGUGCUGCUCAACUCCGACUUCAACCCGCUGCUUUACGCUCUGCUCAGUAAGCGUUUCCAGGUGGCUCUGCAUGGGCUGAGGCAGAAGGUGAAGGCCCGUCUGGGGAGCGGGAGGGGUGAGGUAGAUGACUGUAGAAUCAGCGAACCCUGCACCCUGACCGCCCCCAUUCCUGGACCAGCUUCCAACUUGGACAACUCCCAGUUUUGCGCUCCAGUUUUUACCAUCAGUGCUGACUUUAAGCAUCAUUCCAGUGCAAGUCUACACAAAGUGUGUCUCCAUAAAGAUGCCUCUACAUCCUGCUCCAUGUGGCAGGAGGAGCCCUGUCGCGGUAGGAGGGUGGAUUACCUGCAGGUCCCCUGUAGGCCACAAGAGGGCAGCAGACUACCAUUCUCUGCUGUGACAAUGGCGCCAAGGGCCACUUUUGUCUAUGGUCAGAUUACAGUAACAGUGGAACAUGAUGUUUGAAAAACGUAUUGCCAUAUAGAUAAUGGCCAAAAGUCCCAAAAGGGCGCAGCUGUAAUCAAUUAGCCAAUCAGGGGUUGUACAAGACCCCUUAGUUUUCUCUGAAUCAUAUUUCCUCAUCUCGCCUUCAACAUUCUAUGCUUCCAACUUUGUGGGAACAGUUCGUGCAUGACUGCUUCCGGUACACAAAACAUACUUAGGCUUGCAUCAGUUUGGUGAAAACCUGACCUCACCCCCAUCAAACAUUUUUGGGAUGAACGACUGCACAAUGGAUAUUUCCAUUUUAUGUCCAUUUUCUUUUCAUUGUUUUCUUUUUUUUCUUCUUUUUUGGUUGAUUUUAUUUAAAAGCUCUUGACAUUCCAAUUACAAUGUUAAAUACUCUUGAGCAAUUAAAGUACUUACAUUAUUAUACCCUAUAUUAUUACAUUAGUGAAAAAAUCAUUUAUAGGCAAUAACUUGUAGGACAAUUUUUGUUAUUGUGACAGGCCUAGUAAUACGAGUGUAAAGGUGAUGAUGGGGUGUUAUUUAAUGUAUGGAGGGCUCUAGCUGCAAAAAUAGUCCAUAUAUAAUAAGUAAUCCUUCACGGAAAUUCACGGUCAAAUCUGGAACCAAUUAACAGCGAUACACGAGGAGUUACUGCUAAGAUUUUGGACACGUUCUCUUGAGCACCAAAUGAACAAAACAUUCAUCCCUCUCUUGGUGGUUUAUAGACUUGUCGUUUUCUCACUGAAACACUUCCAUAAAACAUUUUAAACACGUUUGUCAAGCAAAAAAAGCAAACCUGGACGAUGGCUGUUUUGAAAAGGAAUCUUUUUAUGAGAUACAUGUGAAUAUAUUUUCCAAUACCCCACCGUCAUUUGUUACUCACACACCCCUUUUUCCUCAAUUGUUAUAUUUUGCAUCUCAGUGUAUAAAAUCAUCAUUCCUUACAAAGGUUUACAUUUAUGUCUAGCGAUAA